AUGCACCGCAGUCAAAUUACGAUGUUCUUCCAGGAGCGAAAGGAUGGGAGCAGCAAGGAGAGUACGACGGUGGAGGAGCAGACACUGACGCUGAGGAAAAGGGUCAGGCACGAUGGCGAGGCCUCGGAUCUGGUGCGAUCUUUGACGGUCGUCGGUUUGGCCUUGGCCGUACUGAUCGUUGGAGUGCAUGCCCAUUACCUGGACCUACUGCUCCUCAUUGAGGGCCUCGCGAUCGCUCUAGGCCCCGUCGUCGGUGGUGCCAUAGUAAGCAACGUGGACUGGCGUUGGUGCUUCUGGGUCAGCAUGCCCGUGAUCGGCCUCGCUUGCAUCUUCACCAUCUUCCCGCUCAACCUCCCGCCGCCGCCCCCAGCGGACGUCGAUGUCCUAGUCCCCACCAGGAAACCGACCGCGAAGGAAAAGGUGCAGCAGGCUGACAUCUUUGGCGGCUUCCUCAUCAUCGCCUGCUUAAUUUGCCUGCUGCUCGCGCUGCAGUGGGGAGGUGAGCGGUACGAGUGGAACGACGUGCGCAUCAUCAUCCUCUUCAUCGCCUCGGGUGCCUGCUUCGCGUACAUCGUCAUCCACCAGAUGUGGAAGGGUGAGGCGGCCAUCUUGCCUGUCAAGCUGUGCAGGUCGCCUCAUUUUACCGCGUACCUCAUCAUCUGCAUUGGCAUGGGCGCGGCCUUUACUACCAUACUCUAUUUCAUGCCUACCUGGUUCAUCAUGGUCAAAUCCCUGUCGCCUGUAGCCACCGGAGUGCGCAUGCUCUCUCUUACCGCUUCGUCGGCCCUCGUAGCCAUGAUCUUGGCCCGAGCCGCCAAGGCCUGGAGCCGAAUACCCCCGUUCGCCAUUGUCGCUCUCGCCCUAUACGCCGCCGGCGGCCCACUUCUCUUCACCCUCGAUUUAGACGCACCGACCUGGGAGCCCCUCGUCUACCUUGGCCUCUUCGGUGCCGGAGCAGGGACGUUUUGGCGGUUAGCAGUCCUCGGCGCCCAGUACACCGGCGGCCCGUCCGAUGCCGGGCACGCCAUCUCCUCGGUGACGGCGUUUGGCGCCCUGGGCGGCUGCCUGAGCAUCUUUGCCUGCCAGCGGGCGUUUAUGGAUAAGCUCCUGCACGCGCUGGACCAGCCGGACGAUUUGGUGCGGGAUACCCAGGUGCGGAGUUUUCCCGAUCUCCUCGCACAGGCGUCCCCGGAGCAGCGCGAGCGCGCCCUCGCGACGAUUUACCAAAACAUGAAGUAUAUCAGCCUGGUCGCGGUGUGUUUGUGCGUCAUCCCUUCCAUGGUGUUGCCGUUUAUGCGCUGGAGCUCGUUUGGGUGGCCGCCGUAUAAGAAGACGAGGGGCGGUGCGGAGCCGGUGGAUGGGAUGGAGAGCGGGAUGCUGACGGCGAGCGAGGUGUCGACGCCGAGCCCGAGCGACUUGUCGUCCGGGAGCGAGUAUGGGAUUGUGGCGAGGAGCGAGGUUACGCUGUGGACUGAGGCGACGGCGGGGAGUCAUACGACGGCGGUGAGCGAGAGCGAGGGGACGGUGGGCGACGGGGACGAGCGGGACUUCGGGUCGGACGGGGAGUUCGAUGAGGGCUCAGACUGGAACUUCGACGAGAAGUAG